AUGUCACCAACCAUUACACCUGAAGUACUGUGGGCGCAGAGAUCCAGUAGCACCGACGCUGAGAAGAACUACUUAUUGGUCACAAUUGUGAUCCCAGACUGCAGCGAACCCUCUCUGGACCUGGAAUCCACGCACCUGGAGUUCAAAGCCAAGUCUCCUGGCCACGUGGGCGACGAGCAGGAGCACCAAUACCACCUGCGCAUCGACUUCUUCAAGGAAAUUGACGCCAAGAAGUCGCUGGGACGCGUGGCGAACGGCAGAAACUACUUCCUGAAACUCUACAAAAAGGACCUCGAGGAGGAGUACUGGCCCCGCCUGACCAAGGAGAAGCUGAAGUACCACUACAUCAAAACCGACUUCAACAAGUGGGUCGAUGAGGACGAGCAGGAGGAACAGGAAGAAGAAGACUUCGGGUUCCCAGGUGCCGGUGCCGGUGCUGGCGGCCAGGAUGCCCAGGCCGCGGCCCUGCAGGAGCUUCUGAAAGGCGGCGGCCAAGGCGCGGGCCAGCAGGACCAGGCAGCCGCUCUGCAAGAGCUGUUAAAGAACGGCGGCCAAGGCCUGGGCGGUGAAGACGCCUGA